AUGUUGGCAGACAAUGAAGUGAAAGAGUUAAAGAAACGUAAUUAUCAUAAAAUUAGGGAAUUAAUAAGAAUAUCUUUGGGUUUGGGUGUGAAUUUAACAAGUUCUUCCCUUUUCAAGGAUUCACUGAAAAUAGUUAAUUUGAUUUUAAUCAUUAGCAGUGGUCUGUCCAUGUAUGGACAUUGGUGCUACACAACACGUUACUUUAAGGAUCUUUCAAAAAUUGCAGAAAGUGUCUGCACAGCUCUUCAAACCAUUGUUUCGAUGAUAAAGAUGGUUUACUUUCUCUUCAUACAACGGAAAUUAUAUGUUCUCCUCAAUCAGGCUCAAACUCAUGAAAUUAUAAGAAAGAUCGAUAUAUUUCACAAGGAUUUUCACAUCUCUGAAAAACUCAAGAAGAUAAUACACGAUAUUAUGGAAAAUAAUUGGAAGGACAUUCGUGGUCAAUUGAUAUUUUACAUCUGUUGCUGUGCAGGAAUAAUUAGCAAUUAUUUUUUCGUAGCCUUGUUUGUAAAUAUAUAUAAUGAAAUAAAGAAGACACCCAACUAUGAACAUAUGUUACCAUUCCCUGCUGUUUAUCCGAUUUGGGAGAGCAAGGGCAUGUCAUUUCCAUAUUAUCAAGUUCAAAUGUUCAUGGGUGGAUGCGCAGAUUAUAUUGCCGGAAUGUGUGCUGUUAGUUUUGAUGGUGUUUUUAUAGUGUUGUGUGUACAUGGCGUCGGACUAAUUCAAGUACUUAAUGCCAUGAUUGAAAAUUCUACUUCUACUGAAGUACCCAAAGAGAGACGUGUGGAAUAUUUGCGUUAUUGCAUUUUUCAAUACCAACGUAUCUACGACUAUGUACUGACUAUUGACAAAAUCUAUAAACAAAUCAGUUUGUCACAGUUUCUAUUGAGCUUGCUUAUAUGGGGCAUCGUUCUAUUUCAAAUGAGUAUUGGAUUUGAAUCAAAUAAAAUGACAAUGGUGCGCAUGGUAUUGUAUCUUUCAGCUGCCGGCUAUGAAAUUGUUAUUUACUGCUAUAAUAGUCAACGUUUGACUUCUGAGUGUGAGAAAAUCCCGCUAGCUUUUUAUAACUGUGAGUGGUACAGCGAGUCCGAGGAAUUCAAACAACUUAUACGAAUGAUGACUCUUCGCACUAAUCGUGUUUUCAAUCUAAAUAUAUCUUGGUUUACCACCAUGUCAUUACCAACACUUUUGGCAAUGGUGAAGACAAGUGGAUCAUAUUUUCUAUUACUGAGAAAUUUGGCGGAGUAA